AUGUUGAAUAAAUCUUCUCUACCUCUGGUGCCUGGGAUUACUCUCAAUGCGAUAUCGCCUCGGAAUUUCCACUGCCCACAUCACUUUGAAUACUACGAUGGUGUGUGUCGAUUAACCGACAAAGCCGACUUCGAGGAACCUAAGGAGGAAAAGUGCUGUCCAAAUUAUGACAGUUCUUGUAAAUUACCAUCCUGGGUACUAUACGAUAGACAGACGCUUACUUUCGAUGCCUUUUUUGAGGAACCAGCCUCGGAGUCAUAUCAGUGUAAGAAAAUGAUUCGAAACGUCAAAAUAUUGUACUUCCUCGAGGACGGAACUAUCAAAGUUGUCGAGCCAAAAGUAUUAAACAGCGGAAUUCCUCAAGGUUGCCUAAUCGCGCGUCAGCGGGUUCCGUGCAACAAACCGACAAGCCAAAGAGCGUUUUAUGAUAUUUCAGAUUUAAACGUGGGUAGAGUACUUAAACUUUUCGGAAGGAAAUUUACGUUAACUAAUUGUGACGCGUUCACGAGAAAUUUUUUAACGCGCUUCGGCAUUCCGGUCCCAGAACCAUUGCCAACGCCUCGAGACAGUUUUUACGAGUCCAGAACUGAGAGUAAAGCGGUGCCAAAAGUAGCGACUGAUGGGAAGCUACACGGUGUUAAACAAUUUUUGGAAUUCGAUCGACAAGUGCUGAAUUUCAAGGGCUACUGGGAUGAUAGACACAGUGAAACAGGGACCGUCCACGCAUUGCAAUUAUUUUAUUACCUUGCUGAUGGCACGAUCGAGGUUUUUGAAAUUUUACCAGAGAUCAAUAACAAGCGAAAAUGCUUCUUGCAGCGAAGUAAACUUCCUAAGAGGGGCUAUGAUCCGAGCCAAAUCGGUUCUGAUUCUCACCUGACGGUAUUGAACGUCCUCGGGGAAAAACAGAAGACGAGAUUCAUCUACGACGUUUUGAACUGCGGCAAUGAAAGGUUGGAUUACUAUUCGGAGACUGAUCUGCAUAUAGGUGGCGAAGUGUGGGUGUACGGGAGGAAGGUGGUGCUUUACGAUUGCGACGAAUUCACGAGGAAUUACUACAAAUUCAAGUUCGGCCUCGAGGACUUUGAUCCGAUAGAUCAUCCGGAGUUCGAUGAAACUGUGGACCCUAAGAAGAGGCGAAAUAUGCGCAAGGAGCUUAAUCUUCCGCCUUACAACGGAUUUGGGUCCUUGGAGGAUUCUGCUUUAAAUUGCGUUCCCAAGUGUGAGAUAAUGGCUCUUCCCACGGCCAAAACUUCAGCCAGAGAUCGUAGCAGUUGCAAUUUCUUGAAAUUUGCGGCAAAAAUUUACACAAAUGAUGUUAUUGACCAAAUGAGACAGUUCACGAUCACCUACUACCUUGAAACACAUAUAGUUGAUAUUUUUGAGAAUCCAACCGAAAAUUCCGGUUUCUGUGGCGGUAUGUUUUACAGUGGACGAAGAGUCCUGAAACCGAAUCAAGAUAUUCUCUCAUCCAAGUUGCCGGAAUAUUACAAGGCUGAGGACUUUUACAUCGGGAAUACAAUCACUGUCGAAGGGUUCCGUUUCUAUUUAGCUAGUGCUGAUUCCCGAUCGUUAGAAUACAUGGAGGAACAUUGCAUCGACUUUCCUUUCAGCAAUGUGCUUGUUGUUUUGGACAAAGUACGCGCUGCUUUCAAAUCGAUCUUCAGACAUUUCUUGGAGAAAUAUUAUACAAACAGACCCGAAAAGUUGAUCAACUUUCAAGAUUUUAGGACCGCAAUGCAAGAAUACAUGGGCAACCAAUUAGUGGAACAAGAAAUUUUGACUCUGGCAAGAUACUACAGGAUGCAGUCAGAAGAGGAUAGGAGAGAGUUAUUGCAAAAACUACGGACUUUGGUGCACGAUAAUUUACGGCGGUUCAUGUUCCACGAUUUUGAUAGACUCUUGGAACAAUUUCGACAUAGAGACCCAGCAAAAACAAACAAAGUCUCUAAGAAAACUGCAUACACAGUUUUGAGGGGAGCGCAAAUCCCAUUGAGUCAUGAACUCAUCUUGAUAGUUCUUGAUAACAUUACAGAGCCGGACAACUUAAUAGAUUUUAUGGAGCUGCUGCAAUUUUUGGACUAUAAAUCAGUUGCGAUUGAUAUUCCAACUUACGGAAAGGAGAAUAUAGGAUCACUAAAGGAAUUGAUGGCUGAAAUAUCACAGAAAUGCAAGAAUUCAACAAGUAUUAAUCUUGAUAAAUUUAUAAAGGAUUUGAACCUGGAUCAGUUCUUUGAUAAUUCUCCGUAAAGUUGAUAUUAAACGUUUUUAAAAAAAAAA